UGGCUCUAUCAGGGUUCAUUAAACGUGUCGCUGUGUGAUUGGCUACUAGUCAGACAAGGCACACGUAACCUAAUCCGUUCAACAAUUCUCCACCCAUGGAAGCUGUGCCAGCUGCAACAAUGAAAGCUGUUAACUUCCCUGCAACUUCCGCCGUCCCAAGAGCAACUGUUUCUGCCUCCUUGGCCUCAGCAUGGCCACAGAACAAACUCAACAUGCUCACUCUUUAUGCCCCAAAUCCUACUACCGGAUUCAGUCCACUCUCUCUCACUCGCUGUUCCACUAAACCAAACACCGACACAAACAACGAAACUGACCAAUAUUCGACCUUUGAAGCGAAUCCAAAUCCAGACAACGAAAACCCAACAAGACACGUUUCGAAUGAAGCAGUUCCCUCUUCAUCAACACCCUCUUCUUCUCUUUCUAGAGGUUUGGUGCUUGAUUUGGGUACUGUGGAUUCUUGGGACUGCAGAGAAAUUGGCUCACCGGUCGUUAAAAGAUUCCUCAGUGAUGAGGAAGAGAGAUGGUACAUGUGGUACCAUGGAGUUUCUAAUGGGAAACCAGGUUCAGAUUCCAUAGGAUUAGCAGUUUCAAGCAAUGGGGUACACUGGGAGAGAGGUAAAGGUGCAGUUAAAUCAAGUGCAGAUGUUGGUUUGGUGAUGAAUUGCGGUAAUGAUUGGUGGGCUUUUGACACUGAAAGCAUUAUGCCUGGAGAGGUAGUAAUCAUGUCUAGUGCUAAAGUGAGAGCUUCAAGUGCUGUUUACUGGCUUUACUACACCGGCUACAGCAGUGAGCAGCUGGAUAUUUUAAGCAAUUCUACAGGAUUUAAUGUACAAAACCCGGAAAGGUUUUGUGUUGAUGAUAGUCGAAGUAGAGGAAUUGGAAAGAUCUUUAGGUCUUUACCAGGUUUGGCAAUCAGUCAAGAUGGGAGGCAUUGGGCUAGAAUUGAAGGGGAGCAUCAUAGUGGAGCACUGUUUGAUGUUGGGUCUGAAGGAGAUUGGGAUUCAUUGUUUAUAGCAGCACCACAAGUUGUUUUCCAUGGAAAUGGCGAUCUCAGAAUGUACUAUCAUUCAUUUGAUGUGAAAAAUGGGGAAUUUUGCAUUGGCAUUGCAAGGUCAAGAGAUGGGAUGAAAUGGAUAAAGCUGGGCAAGAUAAUGGGAGGAGGAAAACGCUGUUGCUUUGAUGAACUCGGUGCAACGAAUCCCUGUGUAGUCAAGAACAAGAAAGAUGGAAAGUACAUAAUGGCAUAUGAAGGAGUCGAUGCAGAUGGACUUCGAAGCAUUGGAUUGGCAGUGUCACCUGAUGGAUUGAAAGGUUGGACAAGGCUUCGAGAUGAGGCAGUGCUAAAGCCUGGAACUGAUGAUGAAUGGGAUAACAAGGGGAUUGGAUCACCUUGUUUAGUGGAAAUGGAUGGUGAUGUUGAUGAAUGGAGAUUGUACUACAGAGGGAUUGGCAAUGGAGGGAGAAGUGGGAUUGGAAUGGCGGUUUCUGAUGGAAGUGAGAUUACAAGGUUUAGAAGCUGGACAGGAUUUCAAGUUCCAAGUUGAAUUUCUUUGUGAUUGUUGCUGCAUGUCAAUCUAUUUCCUAAUUUGAUUGCUGAUAUUACAACUACGAUUUUACCUUUCAAUGAAUCGGUCCUUCACUA